AUGCCGGUCGAAGACUUCAUCAUGACUAUAGACUCUGACGACGAAGGCACUUCUCCUCUCGCGAAACCUGCCGUACCGAAAUCUUCCAAAGCGGAAGAUGUGCAACUCGAUCCUGAAUUCACGUUUGACUUCUCGGGGGACCCGUACGCGGACUUGACUGGCGGCAUGGCCGACGUCGAUGACUUUGUAAAGGAAGGCUCUAAGCCGGCUCCUAUAUCCGUGAACGACAUUAUUGCCAAGCGGCGCGCCCGUAUAAUCACGGGUAAGCGAAAGCGAGAUGCUAGUGAUGAGGAUGACGGCGAAGAUGCUUCUUCCGAAGAACCGUCAUCAGGCGAGCCGGAGAGUGAUGGAGAGGAAGAGAGCGAGGACGGAGACGAGAUGUUGGCGGAACUCGACGAGGAAGACGAUGACCCGUUGGCGACGUCGGGGGAAGAGGAGGAGGACGAAGUUGCGGGAAGUGAUAUGGGGGGCGCAGAUGGAAGUGAUGACGACGUCGAGGAUCCCGAGUCGUCGGAGGAUGGAAGCGACGAGGAGACCGCAGCUGAAAGGGCUCGAAAAGCUGCAUUCUUCGCGUCGGACGCUGCUCCAUCUGAAGCUCAUUCAUCUUUCCUGACCAUGAACUUGUCGAGACCCCUGCUCAAGGCAAUCACGACUUUGGGGUUCCAUUCGCCAACACCGAUUCAGGCUGCCACCAUUCCUGUCGCUUUGCUCGGGAAGGACAUUGUCGGAAAUGCUGUGACUGGAUCUGGAAAGACGGCUGCAUUCAUCAUACCUAUGAUCGAGCGUUUGUUAUACCGCGAACGAGGCAAGAAAGCAGCUGCGACGCGUUGUGUCAUUCUCGUCCCAACACGGGAACUGGCUGUGCAGUGUUACGACGUUGGGAAAAAACUGGCAACGCACACGGACAUUCAGUUCUGCCUCAUUGUCGGUGGACUGUCGCUUAAGGCUCAAGAGGUUGCUUUGCGCGCUAGACCGGAUGUACUCAUCGCGACGCCCGGUCGGCUCAUCGAUCACCUGCGUAAUUCGCCUUCCUUUUCCUUGGACGCCCUUGAUAUCUUGGUUCUGGAUGAGGCCGACCGGAUGCUGUCCGAUGGUUUCCACGACGAGCUUACGGAGAUCAUUAACGCCUGCCCGACGUCCCGACAGACCAUGCUCUUCUCGGCCACGAUGACAGACUCCGUUGACGAGCUCGUCAAAAUGUCCCUGAAUAAACCUGUCCGCCUAUUCGUCGAUCCAAAACGAACCACGGCGCGUGGUCUUGUGCAGGAGUUCGUCCGGGUUCGUUCUGGCAAAGAAACUGACCGUUCCGCGCUCCUCGUCGCGCUAUGCAGGAGAACAUUCAAAUCGGGUGUCAUCAUCUUCGUGCGAAGUAAGAAGCUCGCGCACCAGUUGCGCAUUGUUUUCGGGCUGCUGGGCAUGUCAUGCGAAGAGCUGCAUGGCGACCUCUCGCAGGAGCAACGUCUCAGAGCGCUUCAACAGUUCCGGGACGGCAAGACCGACUUCCUUAUGGCAACUGAUCUCGCGUCUCGUGGUUUGGACAUCAAGGGGAUUGAGACGGUCAUCAACUAUGAUAUGCCAGGUCAGCUGGCUCAGUAUCUUCAUCGCGUUGGUCGCACUGCCCGCGCAGGGAAGAAGGGUCGUUCCGUCACCCUUGUCGGUGAAGCGGACCGCAAGAUGCUCAAAGCGGCGAUCAAGCAUGCAUCGGGUGAAGACCAGGUCCGCCACCGGACCAUACCUACCGAUGUUGUCACCAAGUGGGCCAAGAAGCUCGAUUCCUUGAAGAACGAGAUCGCCGCCGUCAUGCGGGAAGAGAAAGAGGAGAAACAAUUGCGCCAAGCCGAGAUGGAGGUGACAAAGGGCCAGAACAUGCUUGCGCACGAAAAAGAGAUUUUUUCGCGCCCUGCAAGGACCUGGUUCCAGUCCGGCAGAGACAAAGCUACUUCUUCUGCGCUAAGCAAGCAGCAAUAUGAAAAAGGCUUUCCGGCUGACAAGGCUGACAAGGAUAAGGCCGCCGCUGGCGCCGAAGCUAAGCCCAAACGCGACAAGUUAUCUGGUCUCACUCGGCGCGCCAAAAGGAGAAAGCUUGCUAUGGAGGAGGAUGCGGCUGAGGGAAACCGCAAGGGUGUCGAUGCUGCGAUCCGGUCUGUCAAGAAAUCUUCGCGUCCAACCAAAUUAGGUCUUCCAGAACCUAAGGCGGACAAGAAGAAGAGCAGGAGUGCCAAAACGAAGACGAAACAGAGCGGGAAGAAAAGUGGUGCCUUCGAGAGUGAUAUGGGGCAACGGGUGAAAGGCGAGGGCGUACGCGCUAAGAAGGGUGAUGUCAUUGGAGGUAUGAAGAAGGGUGGGAAGAGAAAGACGAAGUAA